CAGAAGGGGCCAAGAUGGCGGCGCGGGCGCGGGCGGGGGGCAGCGGGGGCCGGGGGGCGGUGGGACGCUGACCCCGCCCCCUGCUGCUGCCACUCUGCGCCGGGCGUCGGCAGCGGUGGAGCCGGCAACAUGGCGGCUGCGACACUCAGCUUCGGCCCUGAGCGAGAGGCCGAGCCUGCCAAGGAGGCGCGCGUUGUGGGUUCCGAGCUCGUGGACACGUACACGGUAUAUGUCAUACAGGUUACCGAUGGCAACCAUGAGUGGACGAUCAAACACCGCUAUAGUGAUUUUCAUGACCUCCAUGAAAAGCUUGUUGCUGAGAGAAAAAUUGACAAAACUCUACUUCCACCCAAAAAGAUAAUUGGAAAGAACUCGAGAAGCUUGGUAGAAAAGAGGGAGAAAGACCUGGAGGUGUACCUCCAGACUCUCCUGAAGACCUUCCCUGAUGUGGCUCCCAGAGUUCUGGCCCACUUCCUGCAUUUUCACCUCUAUGAAAUAAAUGGUGUCACUGCAGCACUGGCUGAAGAACUCUUUGAAAAAGGAGAACAGCUUCUAGGAGCCGGUGAGGUCUUUGCCAUCAGGCCCUUGCAGCUCUAUGCUAUCACAGAACAGCUGCAGCAGGGAAAGCCUACCUGUGCCAGCGGUGAUGCCAAGACUGACCUUGGACACAUCCUAGACUUCACCUGUCGCCUUAAGUACCUUAAGGUUUCUGGCACAGAAGGACCUUUUGGGACCAGCAAUAUUCGAGAGCAGCUCCUGCCCUUUGAUCUUUCGAUAUUCAAGUCUCUUCACCAGGUGGAGAUGAGUCACUGUGAUGCCAAGCAUGUCCGAGGGCUGGUCACCUCCAAGCCAACACUGGCCACAAUGAGCGUUAGGUUCUCAGCAGCCUCAAUGAAGGAAGUUCUUGUUCCUGAAGCCUCAGAAUUUGAUGAGUGGGAGCCUGAAGGCACAACCUUCGGAGGCCCUGUGACCGCUGUCAUCCCAACAUGGCAAGCACUGACCACCCUAGACCUGAGCCACAACAGCAUCUCUGAGAUCGACGAAUCUGUGAAACUGAUCCCAAAGAUUGAGUAUCUGGACCUGAGUCACAAUGGAGUGCUAUUUGUGGACAACCUGCAGCACCUAUACAACCUCGUGCACCUUGACCUGUCCUACAACAAGCUCUCCUCCCUGGAAGGCGUACACACUAAACUGGGCAAUGUCAAAACCCUAAACCUGGCAGGCAACUUCUUAGAGCGUCUGAGCGGUCUGCACAAACUCUAUUCCCUGGUUAAUCUGGACCUCAGAGACAACCGGAUUGAGCAGUUGGAUGAAGUCAAGAGCAUAGGCAACCUGCCGUGUCUGGAGCGCGUGGCCCUGCUAAACAACCCUCUGAGCAUCAUCCCUGACUACCGGACCAAGGUGCUUUCCCAGUUUGGAGAACGAGCCUCUGAGAUCUGUCUGGAUGAUGUCGCAACCACAGAGAAGGAACUGGACACUGUGGAAGUGCUGAAGGCCAUUCAGAAAGCCAAAGACGUCAAGUCCAAACUGAGCAGCACAGAAAAGAAGGUUGGUGAGGACUUCCGGCUCCCAACUGCUCCCUGCAUCAGACCCAGCAGCUCCCCUCCCACUGCCGUUCCCACCUCAGCCUCCCUGCCUCAGCCUAUCCUCUCCAACCAAGGUAUCAUGUUCGUACAGGAAGAGGCCCUGGCCAGCAGCCUCUCAUCCACGGAUAGUCUGCCACCUGAUGACCGGCCCAUUGCCCAAGCCUGCUCUAACUCCAUGGGAUCUCUCCCCACAGGACAGGUGGCCGCUGAAGACUUAAGGGACUUGCCAGGAGCCGUUGGCGGUGUGAGCCCAGAUCAUGCAGAGCCAGAGGUUCAGGUGGUGCCUGGGUCCGGCCAGAUCAUCUUCCUGCCCUUCACUUGCAUUGGCUACACAGCCACCAACCAGGACUUUAUCCAGCGACUCAGCACACUGAUCCGCCAGGCCAUUGAACGGCAACUCCCUGCCUGGAUUGAGGCUGCCAACCAGCGAGAGGAAGCCCAUGGUGAACAGGGGGAGGAAGAGGAGGAAGAGGAGGAAGAGGAUGUCGCUGAGAGCCGCUACUUUGAAAUGGGACCCCCAGACGCAGAGGAAGAGGAGGGGAGUGGCCAGGGAGAAGAGGAUGAGGAAGACGAGGACGAGGAGGCCGAGGAGGAACGCCUGGCUCUGGAGUGGGCCCUGGGCGCUGAUGAGGACUUCCUGCUGGAGCACAUCCGCAUCCUCAAGGUGCUGUGGUGCUUCCUGAUCCACGUGCAAGGCAGCAUCCGCCAGUUCGCUGCCUGCCUUGUGCUCACCGACUUCGGCAUCGCUGUCUUUGAGAUCCCACACCAAGAGUCCCGAGGCAGCAGCCAGCACAUCCUCUCAUCGCUGCGCUUCGUCUUCUGCUUCCCGCACGGCGACCUCACCGAGUUUGGCUUCCUCAUGCCGGAGCUGUGUCUGGUGCUCAAGGUGCGGCACAGUGAGAACACGCUCUUCAUCAUCUCAGACGCUGCCAACUUACACGAGUUCCAUGCUGAUCUGCGCUCCUGCUUUGCGCCACAGCACAUGGCCAUGCUGUGCAGCCCCAUCCUCUACGGCAGCCACACCAGCCUGCAAGAGUUCUUGCGCCAGCUGCUCACCUUCUACAAGGUGGCCGGUGGCUCUCAGGAGCGCAGCCAGGGCUGCUUCCCUGUCUACCUGGUGUACAGCGACAAGCGCAUGGUGCAGACGGCUGCCGGGGACUACUCGGGCAACAUCGAGUGGGCCAGCUGCACGCUGUGCUCCGCAGUGCGGCGUUCCUGCUGCGCACCCUCUGAGGCCGUCAAGUCUGCCGCCAUCCCCUACUGGCUGCUGCUCACCUCCCAGCAUCUCAACGUCAUCAAGGCCGACUUCAACCCCAUGCCCAGUCGUGGUACCCACAACUGUCGCAACCGCAACAGCUUCAAGCUUAGCCGCGUCCCGCUCUCCACCGUGCUGCUGGACCCCACUCGCAGCUGCACCCAGCCACGGGGAGCCUUCGCCGAUGGCCAUGUGCUCGAGCUGCUUGUUGGCUACCGCUUUGUUACCGCCAUCUUUGUGCUGCCCCACGAGAAAUUCCACUUCCUGCGAGUCUACAAUCAGCUCCGCGCCUCACUGAAGGACCUGAAGACUGUGGUCAUCGCCAAGAAUCCUUCCGCUAGGCCGAGAACCCAAGGCCCCCUCGCGGGUGGCCAGCCUGCCAAGAGCAGGGCCAGUGCUGAGCAGCGGCUGCAGGAGACCCCAGCAGAAGCUCCCGCUCCAGUUCCGCCUCCAGCUGCAGUCCCACCAACAGCUUCAGCCCCAGCCGCAACAGAGGCUGCAGCUCCCGCAGGGGCUGCAGCCGCAUCUGCAGCAGAGGCUCCAGCCGCAGCAGAGGCUCCAGCCGCAGCCACAUCUGCAGCAGGGGCUCCAGCCGCAGCAGAGGCUCCAGCCGCAGCCGCAUCUGCAGCAGAGGCUCCAGCCGCAGCAGAGGCUCCAGCCGCAGCCGCAUCUGCAGCAGGGGCUCCAGCCGCAGCAGAGGCUCCAGCCACAGCCGCAUCUGCAGUAGGGGCUCCAGCCGCAGCAGAGGCUCCAGCCGCAGCCGCAUCUGCAGCAGGGGCUCCAGCCGCAGCAGAGGCUCCAGCCGCAGCUCCGGCUCCAGCGGGGGCUCAGGCUCCGGCUCCAGCGGGGGCUCCGGCUCCGGCUCCAGCGGGGGCUCCGGCUCCGGCGGGGGCUCCGGCUCCGGCAGGGGCUCAGGCUCAGGCUCCAGCGGGGGCCCACGCAGAGGUCCCUGCCCAGUACCCAAGUGAGCGCCUAAUCCAGUCCACGUCUGAAGAGAAUCAGAUCCCUUCUCACUUGCCAGUCUGCCCAUCACUCCAGCACAUCGCCCGUCUUCGGGGGCGCGCCAUCAUUGACCUCUUUCACAGCAGCAUUGCCGAGGUUGAAAACGAGGAGCUAAGGCACCUCCUGUGGUCGUCAGUGGUGUUCUACCAGACCCCGGGGCUGGAAGUGACCGCCUGCGUGCUGCUGUCCACCAAGGCUGUGUACUUUAUACUGCAUGAUGGCCUCCGCCGAUACUUCUCUGAACCGCUGCAGGAUUUCUGGCACCAGAAAAACACUGACUAUAACAACAGUCCUUUCCACAUCUCUCAGUGCUUUGUGCUCAAACUCAGUGACCUGCAGUCAGUCAACGUCGGCCUUUUCGAUCAGUACUUCCGGCUGACGGGCUCUUCGCCGACGCAGGUGGUCACAUGCUUGACUCGAGACAGCUACCUGACACACUGCUUCCUGCAGCACCUUAUGCUAGUGCUGUCCUCCCUGGAACGUACACCUUCACCCGAGCCUAUUGACAAGGACUUCUACUCAGAAUUUGGGGACAAGAAUACAGGGAAAAUGGAGAACUAUGAGCUGAUCCAUUCCAGCCGCGUGAAGUUCACCUACCCCAGUGAGGAAGAGGUCGGGGACCUGACCUAUGUUGUGGCACAGAAGAUGGCUGACCCUGCAAAGAAUCCAGCCCUCAGCAUCUUAUUGUACAUCCAGGCCUUCCAGGUGAUCACACCCCAGUUUGGGCGGGGCAGGGGCCCACUACGCCCUAAGACACUCCUACUGACCAGUGCUGAGAUCUUUCUCCUGGACGAGGACUACAUCCACUAUCCAUUGCCUGAAUUUGCCAAAGAGCCACCACAGAGGGACAGAUACCGGCUAGACGAUGGCCGCCGUGUCCGGGAUUUAGACCGGGUGCUCAUGGGCUACAAUCCCUACCCACAGGCCCUCACUCUUGUUUUUGAUGACACGCAGGGCCACGACCUCAUGGGGAGUGUCACCCUGGAUCACUUCGGGGAGAUGCCGGGUGGCCCUGGUAGGGCUGGGCAGGGCCGGGAGGUGCAGUGGCAAGUGUUUGUGCCCAGUGCUGAGAGCCGAGAAAAGCUGAUCUCACUGCUCGCACGGCAGUGGGAAGCGCUCUGUGGCAGGGAGCUGCCUGUGGAGCUCACUGGCUAGUGCGCGGGCAGCCCGGCCUCCUGCCGUGUCCAGCCAAUCCUGGCACCUGUGAGGCGGGCGGGGAAGCGAGCCUUCUGGGUUCUUUCUAAGGUUUUCUCUUCUCCCUUGGUUCCUACAUCGAUUGCCCAUGGCCCCCACACAUGUGCCCGGCUCCCACAGAGAGUGUGGACAUGUGUGUUCAGUUAACCCUUCCUAAUGCCGGGAAGAAGUCUGCCCACCCCACCACAGCAUCCUUGUGUCCUUAGCGUCCCUUGUGUCGCCUGCCUCUGAAGUGGCAUGGCCAGACAGGCCAGCAUUGUUUGUCUGUGAUGAUGCUGCUCUCAGCGUGGCGCUGUGGACCUGGUAACCCCGCGUCCUUCCUGAGGUGUUGAGUUCAGUCCUUGUUGCUGUCACUGUGGGUGUUUGCUGCCCAUUGCAAGGCUGGUAGCAGGAGUAGCCAGCUCCCAUUCUGUGGGCUUUUCCAAACCAGAGGACAGCCCAUGGAGUUCCCAGGUCAUGGGUCCAAGAGCCAAUGCAGGGGACCUAACGCCGCCUGCCAGCACCGAGUAUAAUUCCUGUUGCCUCUGUUCUCUAUUCUAAUAAAAUGGAGUUUGACACAA